AUGGCUUCAUUCAGAUCUCAACUCCGGGACCGCACCUGGACAAAGGCAGAAUACUUCAUCUCCACCAAUCCCUCUCUCGUGCCAAUACCGGCCUUAAUUGAGGCCUUUGACUCUGAUGAUUUCUACUGGGCCAAGGCUCUUCCAGCACCGGCAAUGGUAGAAAUGCUUCACAACUCCCUCUGCUUUGGGUUAUAUCAGUCGCCUUUACAACCUACCGACGCUGAAUCAACUAAACUAGGAGACGAUAAAAAGCUCAUUGGAUUUGCUCGUCUCGUCACGGAUUUCACCACCUUCUCCUACUUGACGGAUGUCUGGGUGCAUCGAGAAUACCAGGGACAGGGCCUGGGCAGCUGGUUAGUGACAUGCAUCCAGGAGGUCGUUCAGACCAUGCCGCAUCUCCGGAGGAACGUGUUAUUCACGGCAGACUGGGACCGAUCUGUCCCUUUUUACGAAAAAUGGAUGAAUAUGAAGGUGGUCGAGUCAAAAUUUGGAUCAGCAUUCUACAGCCAAGGCCAUAGAUUUACCUGUGUCGCAAUGAAACGAUUAAGGAAUCUCGUAUCAAAAUCUAAGGGUAGGAGUUCUGAGAAGUCAGCGCCGGAGGUAGCGCCGCCCGUUGACACGCCGAGGGGAGGAAAGGACGGGCCAACCGUGACGACAGCGGAAACGCCGCCAGUCGAAGCCGAAACUUCUGACAUUGUGAAAGGAAAAUUGAAGGAGCUUUGGCAGGAGGGGGUAUCCCGAGGCAAGGUGGAACUUGUGAAGGGGAAACUCAAGGUUGAAAAGUCAAUCGAUGAAGCACUCGGCCUAGGGUCUAAGCCCAAUGUGGUUCCAGCUGCGGAACCUGACAUCUAUGGUGGUCAUCGCAAGGUAGAAAUUGGCUGGCACCCGCAGGACGAGAAGCUAGACGUGAUUUAUAUCAACGGCAAGGUUAACCGAGAGGAGUGGCACACAUUCGAAGUCGGCAGGACCCGCUUCAACGACGAGGCGCUUCGGCAGGCAGGGGAAAUGGUCAUCUUCAAUAUGCGGCAGAAGAAGGCCGCAUACAACUUGAUAAGUAAUAACUGUCAAAAUUUCGCCGUAGCUAUGCUAGAUGCUAUCCAAGUCGGCGCCCACAUGCAAUUUGCUACGAGCUUUGCAGUUUAUCAGACUGCAACAGGGCUAGGCAGUAUCAAGGGCCUGUUUUCUGAGAAGCCGCCGGAAGAGGAAGAGGAAGGAGGACCUGGUGAUCAGCCAUCCCAGUCUCACCAGAACGCAGUCCAACACGCUCAACAUGUCAUGGACCAGCACACUACCCAGCUAGACUCGCACACUUCUCGCUAG